UAAAACUAAAUCAAAAUGUUUAUUCAAACAUUUCGCGGAUUCUUUCAUUGUGUAUAUAUCCGGUUCAGUUCCAUAUAAAUGGAAGGAAUGACAGGUAAAUUGAAGAAAUUGACGUAAAGUUGAAUUACUGAACAAAGGAAAUUAUUAUAUUGGAAAUUUUUUAAGCUAUAAUUACAAGCGUAAGUUGCGAUACAUUGCGAGUGGUGUAAUAUUUGCUUUCAAUGGCGAACCAUGAUGAGUUGGUUUCGCAAUUUAUAGAUACAACUGGGGUUGAACCUGAAGAAGCACGAUUUUAUCUUGAGUUAUUUAAUUGGCAGCUCGAGGUUGCUCUUGACACAUUUUACUAUCCUCCUGCUUUGCCUUCAUUGUCUAAUGAACCUACUGAAGGUGCAACAUCAGAAGAGGAACGUACUGAUAUUGCAGAUAAAAGCACAGGAAGCUUAAAAUCAUCAGAAAUGGAAGGGAAAUCAUCGAAAGAUAAAGCAAAACCAAAGCCUAAGUUUGCAAUGCUUAGUGAUCUUAAAGAUAGAGAAAGUAGUCCUGAAGAUGAAGAAGGACAAGCAUUUUAUGCUGGUGGUUCUGAACAUACUGGACAACAAAUUUUAGGACCAGGAAAGAAAAAGGAUAUUGUUAGUGAUAUGUUUAAAUCAUGUCAGAGACAAUCAAUUGCUGUAGAACCAAAACCAAGUGGGCAACAAAGGCCAAAUACCUUUAGUGGUACUGGGUAUAAAUUAGGUCAGACUAGUUCAGAUACUGAAAUCGUUACUGCUACAUCAUCUAAUCAUCAACAAUCAAAUUCUGGACUAAUUACUUUAAAAUUAUGGAAAGAUGGGUUUACUAUAAAUGAUUCUGAACUUCGUUUAUAUAGUGAUCCAGAAAAUAGAGAAUUUCUGGAGACUAUAAAGAGGGGUGAAAUACCGGCAGAGAUACGUCAAGAGAUACAAGGUACUGAAGCACGCCUUGAUAUGGAAGAUCAUCAUCAUGAAAUGUAUGUCCCUCCAAAAGUAAAAGUGAAAGCUUUCAGUGGUAAAGGACAUAUGCUAGGAAGUCCUUCUCCAGCUACAGUUGGCAUGACAAUACCGGCAGAUCUUGCAGAUCAAGCAGCUAAUGAAUCUCAGGCAAAACAAAAAUUAAAUUUAGAUGAAUCAAAACCAGUUACAACAAUACAAAUUCGCCUUGCUGAUGGAACUAAUGUAAAAGCUCAAUUUAAUUUAACUCAUACCAUUAAUGACUUGAGGCAAUACAUAAUAACUAUGAGACCUCAAUAUGCUAUGAGAGAAUUUAGUUUAUUAACAAUGUAUCCUACUAAGGAGAUUACAGAAGAUAAAACUAUUGAAGAAGCUGGCUUGCAAAAUACAACAAUAAUUCAACGACUGAAAUAAAUGUCUUUCUAGAUUCUUAGUUAUGGGAGUUUAAGUGAUGUAUUGAUUAGAUGAUUCAUAAAUAUACAUUGAAACACUUAAAAAUAACAUUUCAA